AUGCAAAUCAAGAAGUUCGGCGUUGCCCUCGCCCUUGCGGCCACCAUGGGCCAGCCUGGAGAGGCGAGCAUCGGAAAGGCAGCCGACCUGCUCUGCCAGUUCUUCUGCCAGGGGAUUGCGGAUCUCUUCGUCAACAUCUUCAGCAAGCGCGACAUUGAUCCUGCUUUCUUUGACACGCGUUCCAUCAUGGGCCGUGCCCCUCCUGGAGUGCCUCAAGAGGAGUUUGACCGCUGCUACGAGCAAAUGAACGGAGUUUCUGUCAACGCUGACUCGCCUGGAGCUGGCCAGGUCCGUUUCAUGGGCGUCCCCCCUGCUUGCAUGAACCUCGCCAACGUCCUGGUUGGCGACCCCGUCAACGGACCCUACGCGCUGCCCUGUGGCUCGGACUGCCUGCAUUACACGGAUCUCAAUGAGCAGCAGUUCAACGAGCUCGUCGACAAGCUUAACGCCGCUGCGGCGUAG